AUGUUUUUUCAGUUGGCCAUGGAUAAACAUAUAGGCCAGGCGAAUCAUAGCAGUGCUGUAAUGCUGGCUGUGGAUAUCAAACGAACAUAUAAGUCUCUCUCCAAAGUGGCCACACACGCGCAUUUACAACGCCUGUACCAGGCUCUGGGCGUCUCCCGAGGAACUCCCAGGUUUACGGAAAUGAUGGAGAACACGCGGAAGCGGUUUCCCCACGGCAUGACCCUCGAGGAUUUUCACAACGAAGCCGAGUCCUUCGUACCCACCCUAGACCGCAAACGAGGGAAAGGCACUAUUACCAUCAGAGAUACUCAUAGCCUUAGAUGCACUCCGCAUCACGUGAAGCUCCCACAAAGUACGGCUGAGACGGCAGUGGGCACAGCGAUGCACCGAUAUCACAGCCACGCUACCACAUCUGUCAUCAAAAUCCCUAUACCUGUACACUUGCCAAAGAAAGACCCCAGUGCCUGUGCACAGUAUUGUUCACACCGGCGCGUAUUCCCACCCACACACGUAGAGAUGGAAGCCGAGCUGCACGAAGCCUUCAACGUGUACGACCGCGACAACAGUGGACACAUCAACGCGGUUGAGCUCAUGACUAUGCUGUCGACCGCCGGAAGUCUGAUGACUGAGGAGCAGGCCCAGCGAGUGAUCGAUGUGUUUGACAGGGACGGGGAUGGGCAUAUAGACUUUGACGAGUUCUGUGAGAUCCUGGAUGCGGGGAUAGUGAGCUGGAGGUUUAGGACGGGCUACCGCGUCAUCUUUGCAAUGGGUGGGCCAGGUUCAGGUGCGUAG